AUGCAGGGUCUUGCGGAUGGUCCCGUCAAGACUCACCUGUUCCGGCUUGAACUAGAUUCACUAGAACAAGCCAUUUCCAUUGCGGAGCAGGAAGACUUCAGUCUGAGACAGGCUCGCGCCAGCUCGACAUCAUAUCGUCAACCGAGACGAUAUGACAACGGAGGUCCAGAGCCGAUGGAACUCUGUUAUGUAGAGAGCGAGAAGGCUCGCUCUACAGGCUACGAGAAGUUGCAGAGAUGCAACAGAUGUCAAAAGACAGGACACUACGCUUACGAGUGUAGUGCCCCUCGUCCAGUGUCUCGCGACACUGGGCGUAGUGACCGUCCACCCAUGAGAAAGGGGCAGGGACGAGGGUCCGCAGUUGGUGCAAAGACGCAACAACGGGAUGGACCGUCAAAAAACGGACAGGAUCAGUAG